UCCAUCUCCAUCAGGCAAAUAACAACUGGGAAAUCACGCCGUCAUAAAUUCGGAAAUUCAAAAAUCCGGAAAGCCUGCGAGAUGUCCGUGCGCCACGACUGGUACCAAUCGGAGACGAAGGUGGUCAUCUCCGUGCUCCUGAAGAAUGCCGCCGACAAGCACUACGCAGUGGAGAUUUCCGCGGAUCGGGUCCACAUGACGGCGGAUGGCUAUGAGCUGGACCUGAAGCUGCUGCACCCCAUCGUCGUGGAGCGCUCCUCGCACAAGGCAUUCGCCUCCAAGGUGGAGAUUACCCUGGCCAAGGAGACGGGCCUGCGCUGGGAGAAUCUGGAGAAGAAGGCUGUGGCCGUGGCUGCGCCCGUCAAGAGCCAGCCCAAGAACUGGGACCAGCUGGUCAGCGAGGAGGAGAAGAUCGACGAGAAGGAGGCCAAGGGUGAGACGGCCCUCAACAACCUGUUCAAGAAGAUCUACAGCACAUCCUCGCCGGAGGUCCAGAAGGCCAUGAACAAAUCCUUCUCGGAGUCCGGCGGCACCGUGCUCAGCACCAACUGGGACGAGGUGGGCAAGGAGAAGGUCACCGUGAAGCCGCCCGAUGGAACAGAGUUCCGCGAGUGGGAGAAGUAGAGCGGCAGAUCGGCCGACGCCCAAAACAACGUGUGAACAGAAACUAACAAGAAUUGUUUUCAAUAAAUUUGAUUUAAGCAUUGCAA